AUGAAGUUUGUUUCAUCUGCUGAGACAGAACCAGCCGACACAACAACAUAUUCUGAGGAUUCAAAGUCAGGUCGAGAGAAAUAUCAGAAAAUCAAGCCAAUUGUUGAGUACAAUAAAAGGGGGAAAGGAUGUGGCCCUGCACAUACUGAGAUGCAGUCCUACAUUGGUGUGUUGGCACGCUCCAGAGUCCCACUUGUGGACAAGAAAUGGGCUGAAAUCCCCAAGGAUAUAAAAAAACAUAUUUGGGAAGCCGUUGACAUGGCUUUUGUGGUAGGUCAAGGGGGCAAGAACCUGGUGUUAUCUUCUGCUGCCAAGAAAUGGAAGGAUUUCAAGUCUACACGAACGAGGCAUUAUAUCCUUCCAUUCAUCAAGGAGAGGGAGAAAUUAAGCCAACCCCCUGAACUAUAUAAAUUCAUAGAGAAAGCAGAAUGA